GCAGCUCGUCCCCGCCCCGGAGCAGCCCCUCCUCCCCGCGCUGUUUAUUAGGGGAAGGAGGGCGGAGGCGGAGGCCAGUUCCUCAGCUCCAGCCGUGGUCGCUCGCUCCCGCGGCCCGCUCGUCUCUCGCCCGCUGGCUCCGGGGACCGAAGGCGCGCGAGCUCGGGCGUCCCCGCCCCGGCCUCUGCCGCCACUAUGAAUCCCAACUGCGCCCGGUGCGGCAAGAUCGUGUACCCCACGGAGAAGGUGAACUGCCUGGACAAGCUGAAGCUGAGAGUACCCUCUGAUCAGUUCUGGCAUAAAGCAUGCUUCCAUUGCGAGACCUGCAAGAUGACGCUCAACAUGAAGAACUACAAGGGCUAUGAGAAGAAGCCCUACUGCAAUGCACACUACCCCAAGCAGUCCUUCACCAUGGUGGCUGACACCCCAGAAAACCUCCGCCUCAAGCAGCAGAGUGAGCUCCAGAGUCAGGUGCGCUACAAAGAGGAAUUUGAGAAGAACAAGGGCAAAGGUUUCAGCGUGGUGGCAGACACCCCCGAACUCCAGAGAAUCAAGAAGACCCAGGACCAGAUCAGUAACAUCAAAUACCACGAGGAGUUUGAGAAGAGCCGCAUGGGCCCCAGCGGGGGUGAGGCCCUGGAAACCGAGCGCCGAGACUCCCAGGACAAUAGCAGCUACCGGCGGCCCCAGGAGCAGCAGCCUCACCACAUUCCCACUAGUGCCCCGGUUUACCAACAGCCCCAGCAGCAACAGGUGACUCAGUCGUAUGGUGGCUACAAGGAGCCUGCAGCCCCGGUCUCCAUACAGCGCGGAGCCCCGGGCGGGGGCGGGAAGCGGUACCGCGCAGUGUAUGACUACAGCGCUGCGGAUGAAGAUGAGGUCUCCUUCCAGGAUGGUGACACCAUCGUGAAUGUGCAGCAGAUUGAUGACGGCUGGAUGUACGGGACCGUGGAGCGUACCGGCGACACAGGGAUGCUGCCUGCCAACUACGUGGAGGCCAUCUGAGCCCGCUGCCACCACCCCCCACCUGUCUUCAGUGCAUUCCACUGCAUUGCAUCCGUCCUGGCCAUGGCCUGUCCAUCUGCCAGUGUCUUUUUUUUGUUUUGUUUUUUAAUCUGCGACAGCUUGUCUCUCCCCACCCUCCUCCAGCUUCUCUGGCCAACUGAAGCCUUUUUCUGCUGGCUCCUUCCUUUGGCAGGUUUUCCCCUUGACUGACUUCUUGAUUUUUCUCUAUAGAUGGAUCCCAGAAGGGGAUAGGGGGUGGAGGUCUGGGAUGGGAGACUCCUCCCUCCAGGAGGCCUCCAGGCCUCUGCCUUCUCCGUCCUGCCCCUUCAGACCCUUCCAUCUUCCUCCUCUUCACACAUUCUCAACAUUCCAGGUCUGGGUAGCCCCCCCCCAGGGCUUCCCUUGAGAGAGUUCCUGCAUGUUUCCAGAGUGGGGAGGCCCCUCUACCUUGCCCUUGGGGUGAGUGGAGGAGGGGGAGGGGCUGAUAUUGGAUAGGGACCAGUGAGAUGGUUUUUACCUCUGCUUCUCAAAGAUGGGGCUGUUGGCGCUUCACUGGGCUCCCUCCCUCAAGGACAACAAAGUGUGUGUGGGGGGGUUCCUUUUGGGUUUCAUUCACCCCAGCCUAGUGCUCUUGUUCACACUGUGAUUCUGCCCUCCCCCCAACAUGUAGCCCCAGAGUGGGUGAAGAGCUCCCCAGGAGGCACAGCUUGGGCCUGGUUGCUGCCUUUUUGACUUGCAGGGAGGAAAAGGAACAGGCUUUUCCCUCCCUUCACCUCUCAGUCUCUGGGGACCCCAGCUUGCUUCCUUGGCUGGGUCUGCAAGAACAGGCAAAGAGACCUUGGGGCUUUUGGUUCCGACUGGCCCACCCCCUCGAGAUCUGGGCUGGCUGUCACCCCUCCUUCCUUCUGGGAGGAUGUCUCGGGUUUGAGGGCCUCUGGUUCUCUACUGAAUGGAGUAGAAACUGCAGAGCCACGGGGCGCCCUCAGCUCCAGUACCUAGAACGUUGUGACAGCUUGUGGUUCAGUGGCAGCUGCUGUGAGCGUGAGGCAAAGGGCAGGUGAGGCCUGCACACUGCUGGGCUUAGUAAGGGAGCCACAUACAGAUCUUCCUUGAUACUUUCUUUCAAACUCGCCACUGGAGGGGAAAGAAGCUCCUUCUGUCUCUGAAGUGCAGGAAGCUCACCCAUUGCCUCCAGGGCGCUGGGCGGGCGCUGGGCAGCCACAAGGGAUUACAGGAGUGGGCUGUGCUCAGUACUGGGUGGGAACUGGAGAGAAGACUCCAGUCCAUUCUCUUCCUUCACCUCUUUGUCCUGGGCAGCAGAGUCAGGGCCAGAGGACGCUGUAUCACCUGCACUCUGAGGUCACUCUGAGUGGUGCCGCACUCUGGGGUCACUCCCCCUCCCCCAGACUUGCCCAUUGCUUAUCCAAAGCCCCCUAGAAGCAGAGGGGAGAGGAUCCCAGGCCUACAAAACUGGAAGCACAGGCGCAGGUGAGGCAGGGAGAGCCGGUGCUAUCCCCAAGUCCCUUCUCUGUGGCUGUGGCCUCUGUUGCCUGGCUUUAUUCAUCUCUGGGCUUUCUUGUCACCCCUCUGAGGUAUCCCCCCUGCACCCUGAAUCCAGCCAGGGCCUGGGGUUCUUUGUUUCCUCUUAUCCUGUAGGAAGUCAUCAAUAGUCAAUUCCUUAAGGGUGUUUUUGUCGACUGCUUCAGAGUUUACUUGGGAAACUUCCACCCCAGAUCUUAGGGUUGGGAAGUCACUAUGGGGAGGGGCCCCUUGUCUGACCAAUCCCUCUUUCCUUCUGGAGAGGGUAGGUGGAGCAUCUUAUAGUGGGUGGUGGAAAGGGAGCCCUUGGGGAAGUACUGGGAGAGGUACCCUUCCAUUCCGCUUCCUCCAGAUCUCAAAGCACAACAUGAACUCUGGGACCAAAGAGAGAUCAGAGACAUCCUGUUGGAGGACCUGUGGUGGGGAGCAGAGUGUGGUGAGAGGGAGGGGCAAGAAGCAGUCUGUUCUUUCUUCCCAAACAAGGCAAAGCCAGCUGUUGCAGGCCACUCUACUCCUCCCAUCCUAAAAAUAGGGGACUUUUGGUGACACACCCCCAGAGACAGGAGGGACCAUCACACUGGUGCUGAGGGACCCAGGGGCUGCUGGGAGUCCUCCCUUUCCAGAACCAUCCAUCUCUAGAAGAACACAGAGUCUGAGGGCUGGACCAGGUCUCUAGUCUCAAAAAGUUCUCAGAAGUCUUUUAAGUCAAUCUAAUCCCAGGAAAGCAGACACAUCAAAGCUUGAAUGUGAAUAUACCUUUAGUGGACCAAUAAUAAAAUGCAAGAAGUCCAAUGGUGAGAAAAAUGAAUUCUCUCAACCCUGUUUCCUGUUUUCUUUUCCAUGUCCCUCCAGGGAAAACCUUCUUGCUUAGUUUCUGCCUUUCCCCUACAUAUAUGCACUUUGGGGCCUUUUUUUUUUUUUUAAGCUGGGAAAAAAUAUAUAUACCACCCCAAAACCUGUAUUUAAAAUGAAAUAGAAAUGACCAUGUGAAGUUUGCCUCUGUCCAAACAUUUCAUCUGUGUGUGUGAAGCCAUCCAUUCACCAUUUUUCUAUGGGGUGGCUGUCUUUUCUUGGUCUGUUUUGGUCCCUCCCCUUGGGGGCUUGUGCUUGGGAUCAAAUCUUUCUGGCCUAUUAAUGAUUCUGAACAUUUGACUCAGACCACAAGUGAAUCUUUCUCCUGGUGACUCAAAUAAAAGUAUAAUUUUUACCUGC